AUGUUCUCUCAGAGUGAUGUCAUAAUAGGCCUGGGUUGCCAUGACGUGCGUGUGGCGGAGAGGUCAGCUGAUCUCUUCCUGGAAGGAUUGGCUCCUUGGCUGCGUUUCACUGGUUACUUAGGCAACCAGACUGCAGGUGUGUGGACGAGGCCAGAGGCUGACGUGUUCUUGCAUGUUGCUCUGAGGAUGGGAGUGCCCAGGGGGAACAUACUGCUGGAGACAGAGGCCACCAACACUGGAGAGAACAUCCGCUUCCGCAGGCUCCUCAAGGAGAAUACCAUCCCAGCCCACAGGGUGAUCCUGGUCCAGCAGCCCUUUAUGGAGCGCAGGGUUUUUGCUACCUUCCUGCGCCAGUGGCAUGACCAGGGGGAACACACGGAAUCUCUGCCUCGCCCUCACCCCGCUGUGGCCACUGCCACAGACCUCAUCACGUACAUGCUAGGUGUUCUAGGGAGGAUCCGUGACCACCCACAGAAAGGCUUCCAGUUGGAACAGGAGAUCACACCCAGGACUCUCUCUGCCUACCAAUGGCUCCUGCAUGCUGGCUACAUUCCCAAGUGAAUGCACAACACACACGCCCGUGCAUGAAUGCCCGCACACACUUCCACGUACGCACACUUGUCCCUGCGUUUUGCUAUGUUGAUGCUGCUGAUAAGUUGGGAUGGUUGGGAAUUGAACAUUAAAUCACAGUGAACUUA